UCCCGUGUAUCUGACUGUUAGUUUGCAUGUAUUUGUAUCGACGUCACUGUGUGGCGUCUGCUGCAUUUGGUUUCACUCUAAAAUCAGACGGAGCGCGUUUUUCCUCUUCGAUCGCAGAUUUCCAGGUUCUGGACCACGGAGCAGACUCCAGGAUGUUUGUGCUGCAUGGUUUUCAUCUGCUUUUCCAAACUCUUGUCGUCUUCGCUCUGACUUUACACUCGUGUGAAGGCCGCUCUCUUGUCGUGGGUCCAUCUCAGCCAAUCGCGGCGGCCGUCGGUGAUGACGUCACGCUGCCGUGUCGCCUGCAGCCGCCGGCGGAUGCGGUUGCCAUGACGGUGGAGUGGACGAGGACCGGCCCCGACCGCAGGUUUGUCCUGGUGUGGCGCGACGGCGAGGAGCUGAGGAACAAACACGAGGCCUACGAGGGAAGAACGUCGCUGCUCACGGACGAGCUGAGGAACGGGGACGUUUCUCUGAGGCUGGUUCACGUGAGGCCGUCGGACGCAGGAACCUACAGGUGCUUCGUUCCAGGGUUGGACAGCGACGCUGCUGUGCAGCUCGUUGUAGGUCGGUCAGGUUCUGUCUCCUCACCCGUGAUCCAUGAGGUCUCCAACACCAGUGACGUGGUGGUGCUGGAGUGUAGGAGUGGAGGCUGGUUCCCAGAGCCUGAGCUGCUGUGGCUGGACGCUGAGGGAAAGCUCCUCUCUGCUGGACCUACAGAGACAGUCAGAGGUUCUGAUGACCUCUAUACUGUCAGCAGCAGAGUGACUGUGGACAAGAGACACAGCAGCAGAUACACAUGCAGAGUCCAGCAGACCUCCAUCAACCACACCUCAGAGGCUCACAUUGAAGUUACAGGCAACAUCUUCCCGGGUCAGACUGAUUCUAGAUCCAGUUCUGGUUCAUCUGUUCUUGUCGUCGUGGGUUUGAUUCUCUGUAUCGUGGUUCUUCUUGCUGCUGUUGCUGCUCUGGUUGUGUGGAAACGAAGGAAGAACAAACAUGGAAAGAAGCAGCAGGAUGAAGAGACACAGAACAGGUCUGGAGCUAAUGAACCAGAGAAGGAACCUCUGAUGGAACCAGAACGGGUAACAACACAGACGGUGGAAAACCAGAAUGAGAUGAAGAAAACACAGACAGUAAAGAACCUGCAAACAGAAAACGUGGAUAAAAAACCACAGAGGAGAGAAAACAACAGUAGGAGCAAAGAAACAGACAAUGAGACAAUAGAAACAGACAGAGAACAGUUUAGAGAAAAGAGAGGAGAAAACCAGAGUGAGAUGGAGGAAACACAGACAGUAGAGAACCUGCAAACAGAACAGACGGAGGCUGAAGAUGAAGAAACACAUGUUUUGACAAAUGAAGAGACACAGAACAAGUCUGAAGCUAAUGAACCAGAGAAGGAACCUCUGAUGGAACCAGAAACAGACGGAGAACGAGUAACAACACAGACGGUGGAAAACCAGAAUGAGAUGGAGAAAACACAGACAGUACAUACACAGAACCAGGAAACAGAAGAGACGGAGGCUGAAGAUGAAGAACCACAUGAUCAGGGUUUGACGGAUGAAGGACAAUAUGAGGAGCUGAUGGAGAGAGAAACAUUAAGUGAUGUUGACAUAGAAAUGGAGACACUUAAGAACAAGGUCACGUUAAUUGACGGAGGUGAAAAAGGAUAUGAUAAAAACAUUAAGAGAAAACUAGGACAGAUAAAAGAUAAAGAAAAGCAGAUCAGCGACAUUAAGAAGCAGCUGAAGGAGCUGGAGACACAGAGAGAAGAGACUGAGAAGAAGAUGAUGGAUCCUGAUUCACAGAAAGAAGCUGCAGAGACACAUCAGGAAGUGAGAGACGCAAAGAAGGUGGAACUUCAGAAACAGCUGAAAAAAACAGAGGAGUGGAUGAAGAGAAUGAUGAAGGAGAUUGUUUACAUGUCUGAAACAGGAAAGAAACAUAAAACCACAAAGGGGAGAGAUGAAACCGCUAAAAAGACUGAGGAGGAGAAGAAACAGAAGAAUAAAAACCUAAAAACUACAUCAGACAAUUGA